GUUACCUCCUGUGAAAGCCUUCCUACCCCAAUUUCCACUGAGUCAAUAAAAGAUUUCUGCUUUGGGACAGCCACACAUCUAAUUCCUUAAAGUAGUUUUAUAUGUAAAACUUAUAAAGGAUCAGAACAAUGCCUCCAAGACCAUCAUCAGGUGAACUGUGGGGCAUCCACUUGAUGCCCCCAAGAAUCCUAGUAGAAUGUUUACUACCAAAUGGAAUGAUAGUGACUUUAGAAUGCCUCCGUGAGGCUACAUUAGUAACUAUAAAGCAUGAACUAUUUAAAGAAGCAAGAAAGUACCCUCUCCAUCAACUUCUUCAAGAUGAAUCUUCUUACAUUUUCGUAAGUGUUACCCAAGAAGCAGAAAGGGAAGAAUUUUUUGAUGAAACAAGACGACUUUGUGAUCUUCGGCUCUUUCAACCCUUUUUAAAAGUAAUUGAGCCAGUAGGCAACCGUGAAGAAAAGAUCCUCAAUCGAGAAAUUGGCUUUGCUAUCGGCAUGCCAGUGUGUGAAUUUGACAUGGUUAAAGAUCCAGAAGUACAGGACUUCCGAAGAAAUAUUCUGAAUGUUUGUAAAGAAGCUGUGGAUCUUAGGGAUCUUAAUUCACCUCACAGUAGAGCAAUGUAUGUUUAUCCUCCAAAUGUAGAAUCUUCACCAGAAUUGCCAAAACACAUAUAUAAUAAAUUAGAUAAAGGGCAAAUAAUAGUGGUGAUUUGGGUAAUAGUUUCUCCAAAUAAUGACAAGCAGAAGUAUACUCUGAAAAUCAACCAUGAUUAUGUGCCAGAACAAGUAAUUGCUGAAGCAAUCAGGAAAAAAACUCGAAGUAUGUUGCUAUCAUCUGAACAACUAAAACUUUGUGUUCUAGAAUAUCAGGGCAAAUAUAUUUUAAAAGUGUGUGGAUGUGAUGAAUACUUCCUAGAAAAAUAUCCUCUGAGUCAAUAUAAGUAUAUAAGAAGCUGUAUAAUGCUUGGGAGGAUGCCCAAUUUGAUGCUGAUGGCUAAGGAAAGCCUUUACUCGCAGCUGCCAAUGGACUGUUUUACAAUGCCAUCUUAUUCCAGACGCAUCUCCACAGCUACACCAUAUAUGAAUGGAGAAACCUCUACAAAAUCCCUUUGGGGUAUAAAUAGUGCACUCAGAAUAAAAAUUCUUUGUGCAACCUAUGUAAAUGUAAAUAUUCGAGACAUUGACAAGAUCUAUGUUCGAACAGGUAUCUACCAUGGAGGAGAACCCUUAUGUGAUAAUGUGAACACUCAAAGAGUACCUUGUUCCAAUCCUAGGUGGAAUGAAUGGCUGAAUUAUGACAUAUACAUUCCUGAUCUUCCUCGUGCUGCUCGGCUUUGCCUUUCCAUUUGUUCUGUUAAAGGUCGAAAAGGUGCUAAAGAGGAACACUGUCCAUUGGCGUGGGGAAAUAUAAACUUGUUUGAUUACACAGAUACUCUAGUAUCUGGAAAAAUGGCUUUGAAUCUUUGGCCAGUACCUCAUGGAUUAGAAGAUUUGCUGAAUCCUAUUGGUGUUACUGGGUCAAAUCCAAAUAAAGAAACCCCAUGCUUAGAGAUGGAGUUUGACUGGUUCAGCAGCAGUGUGGUAAAGUUUCCAGAUAUGUCAGUGAUUGAAGAGCAUGCCAACUGGUCUGUGUCCCGAGAAGCAGGAUUUAGUUAUUCCCAUGCAGGACUGAGUAACAGACUAGCUAGAGACAACGAAUUAAGGGAAAAUGAUAAAGAACAGCUCCGAGCAAUUUGUACCCGAGAUCCUCUCUCUGAAAUCACUGAGCAGGAGAAAGAUUUUCUUUGGAGCCACAGACACUAUUGUGUAACUAUCCCUGAAAUUCUACCCAAAUUGCUUCUGUCUGUUAAAUGGAAUUCUAGAGAUGAAGUAGCUCAGAUGUACUGCUUGGUAAAAGACUGGCCUCCAAUCAAACCCGAACAAGCUAUGGAGCUUCUGGACUGCAACUACCCAGACCCUAUGGUUCGAAGUUUUGCUGUUCGAUGCUUAGAAAAAUAUUUAACAGAUGACAAACUUUCUCAGUAUCUAAUUCAGCUAGUACAGGUCCUAAAAUAUGAACAGUAUUUGGAUAACCUGCUUGUGAGAUUUUUACUCAAAAAAGCGUUGACUAAUCAAAGGAUUGGGCACUUUUUCUUUUGGCAUUUAAAAUCUGAGAUGCACAAUAAAACAGUUAGUCAGAGGUUUGGCCUGCUUUUGGAAUCCUACUGCCGUGCAUGUGGGAUGUAUUUGAAGCACCUGAACAGGCAAGUCGAGGCUAUGGAAAAGCUCAUCAAUUUAACUGACAUUCUCAAACAAGAGAAGAAGGAUGAGACUCAAAAGGUACAGAUGAAAUUUUUAGUUGAGCAGAUGCGGCGACCAGAUUUCAUGGAUGCUCUACAGGGCUUUCUAUCUCCUCUAAAUCCUGCUCAUCAAUUAGGAAAUCUCAGGCUUGAAGAGUGUCGAAUUAUGUCCUCUGCAAAAAGGCCACUGUGGUUGAAUUGGGAGAACCCAGACAUCAUGUCAGAGUUACUCUUUCAGAACAAUGAGAUCAUCUUUAAAAAUGGGGAUGAUUUGCGGCAAGAUAUGCUAACACUUCAAAUUAUUCGCAUUAUGGAAAAUAUCUGGCAAAAUCAAGGUCUUGAUCUUCGAAUGUUGCCUUAUGGCUGCCUGUCCAUUGGGGACUGUGUGGGGCUCAUUGAGGUGGUGAGAAACUCUCACACCAUCAUGCAGAUCCAGUGCAAAGGGGGCCUGAAAGGGGCCCUGCAGUUCAACAGCCACACGCUGCACCAGUGGCUCAAGGACAAGAACAAAGGGGAAAUAUACGAUGCAGCCAUUGAUCUGUUUACACGUUCAUGUGCUGGAUAUUGUGUCGCUACCUUCAUUUUGGGAAUUGGAGAUCGUCACAAUAGCAACAUCAUGGUUAAAGAUGAUGGACAACUGUUCCAUAUAGAUUUUGGACACUUUUUGGAUCACAAGAAGAAAAAAUUUGGUUAUAAACGAGAACGUGUGCCAUUUGUUUUGACACAAGAUUUCUUAAUAGUGAUUAGUAAAGGAGCCCAGGAAUGCACCAAGACAAGAGAAUUUGAGAGGUUUCAGGAGAUGUGUUACAAAGCUUAUCUAGCUAUCCGGCAGCAUGCCAAUCUCUUCAUAAAUCUUUUCUCAAUGAUGCUUGGCUCUGGGAUGCCAGAACUACAAUCUUUUGAUGAUAUUGCAUACAUUCGAAAGACCCUAGCUUUAGAUAAAACUGAGCAAGAGGCUUUGGAAUAUUUCAUGAAGCAAAUGAAUGAUGCACAUCAUGGUGGCUGGACAACAAAAAUGGAUUGGAUCUUCCACACAAUUAAGCAGCAUGCUUUGAACUGAAUGAUCACUAAGAAAUUGAAAGCUCGAUAUUGGAUUCUAGUCUGCACUGUUAAUAACUGUCAACAGGCAAAGACUGAUUGCAUAGGAAUUGCACAAUCCAAGAACAGCAUUAGAAUUUACAGCAAGAACAGAAAUAAAAUACUAUGUAAUUUAAAUAAUGCAAAUGCAAACAGGGUUUGAUAGCACUAAACUAGUUCAUUUCAAAAUUAAGCUUUAGAAUAAUGCGCAAUUUAAUGUUAUGCCUUAAGUCCAAAAAGGUAAACUUUGAAGAUUGUUUGUAUCUUUUUUUAAAAAACAAAACAAACAAAAAAAAACCCAAAAUAUUUAGAAAUGACGGAGAAGGAAAAAGAAUGAUGCUCUUUUUUGUCUUGCAAAUGUUCUAUGUUAUGAAAUGUGGACACGCAAAGUCUAUUAUUGCAUUAGGUCCAGAUAAACUGGAGUUUGAUGUUAAAUUACAUUAAGAUGGGAAAUAAUGAAAUUUCUUAUUUUUUUUCAUUGCUGUUCAACUUAUAGUUUGAAGUGGGUUUUUGACUCCUUGUUUAAUGAAGAAAAAUGCUUGGGGUGGAAGGGACUCUUGAGAUUUCACCAGAGACUUUUCUUUCUUAAUCAAACCUUUUGAUGAUUUGGGGUCUUAUCUGCAAAGUUUUGGAAGCAGUCACAAAUGAGACCUGUUAUAGUGUGGCUUUUGGGUUUUUUCUGGACAGUAUUUGCAAGAAUCUGAUUCUUAUUUCCCAGGGAAAUUCUGGGGGCCCAUAAAGUAAAAUAAUCAUAGAGAAAGAAUGAGCAGGAAUAGUUCCUGCUUCAGAAUUGUACAGUAUUCACCUUAAGUUGAUUUUUUUCCUCCUUUUGCAAUUGAUGAAUUGAAUACAUUUUUCAUGCAUGUUUUCCAGAAAAAUAGAAGUGAGUAUUAAUGUUAUUAAAAAGAUUAUUUUUUUUAUUAAAGGCUAUUUAUAUUAUAGAAACUAUCAUUAAUAUAUAUUCUUUAUUUCAUGAUCUGUCCCAUAGUCAUGCAUUGUUUUGCACCCCAAAUUUUUAUUGUUCAUAUCAGCAAUGGUCAGCUCUUCUCUUGGUCUUUGGAGAAGGCUCAGGCACUAUCCCAUUUAUACCAAUACUAGUGAAUAACUACUUAAAGAAAACAGAUUAAAGUUUAUCCUUUUUUUUCUUUCUCUUUUUACAUGAAUCCCCCAUCUUCCAUCCUCUUUUAUAGUUCAGAAUGCCUCAAUCAUAUGAAAUUAGUUACCAAAAUUAAUACAACUUAGAGUAUCUUCCUGAUUGCUUAAACCCUCUACAGAGGUAUGCUCAUGAAUAAUACUUUAUAAUAUGGGGAAAUAGAAACCAUGAACUUUUUACCAUUUUAGGCUAUUUAUCCAAUAUCUCAAUAAUAAAAGCAGGAUUAUGUCCCAUUUCCAAGUGGUCAGGGCUCACUCUCCAGAGAACUUCAUUAAAUUGCAGUUGAGCACAGGAUACAUUCUUAAACAUUUUGAAAAACAUUAACCCAAGAUGUAGGGGUUAAGGCUAGUCAUCACUCCAGAAUCUGAUAUUUUACUCAGUAUUUGAAAUGAAUGAUUAAUUCCCUAGGAAAUAGUUUUAGCAAAUGUUCAGGUGCCACACCAGAGAAAGUGCAAUAAUUUACUGACAGUUUUCUAGAUUAGGCAUAUUAUUGGAAUACAACUUUAUAAAGAGCACACAUUGUAUACUCUAGUGAAACAGCAUCACUAAAAAAUCUUCACUUAUGAAAUCAGUUACCUAUAGUCUUGAAUAGUGAACAAGGACUCUAAUACAAAUACUCUUAAUAUUUGGCUAUUUUAGAACCCUUAAAGGGUGUAAUUAUUGGAGAUUUAGGUACUUCACUAAGGCAUGUAUAUAAUAUUGCCAACAGGAAAAAUAAAUUUGAAGAUUAGGGGAACGUAUUUCUCUAAACUGUCUUGGAAUAGUUCAGAAGAAUUUAAACUCUAUUAAGCAGGAAAACAAUCUAUUCUUUUGCAGAAGAUUUCAUAACUUAUUAAAACUUCAUCAUUCAUAUUUUGUGUCUUAGAUCUAUUCAGUUAUAAUACAUACUACCAUCCCAGUCUUUUCUGUAUCAGGAAUUGAUUACAGGAAAACUCACUGAAAUGAUACAAGUCUGAGACUCUGUUGGUGGAAAGUGAAGUUUUAACAGAGAACCAACCGUGUUUUACCUGAGUGUCAAAAAAGCUUUGAGCUUCCUUGCACAAAAUUUAUACAAUUUUUGCUCUUUCCACAUCAAUUCAGUUAGUCCACUUUCCCUGGGACCUCUCCACCAUUAAAACACAUGCCACAUACCAUAUUUCAUCAUUGACAUUUAUUUUCAAGAGUUAUUACAACCAAAUUAGGUCUGUUUGAGAGGUUUAAACACAUUUUAUAAAGAAUAGAGAUUAAGUGAUCUAGCUAAAAGCAAAGUAAAUAUUAAACAAAUCCAAGCAGAGUUUAGGCAAACAGCAUUAAAAAUAAGAAAAAAAGGGACAGGUGGUUCUCAGAAGACAAAGAACCAAAAACUGAAUUAAAUGCUAUAUGGGAGACUAGGCUGUUUUAAAUUAUGACAACAUAGUUGCUUCCAGGUACUUUAGUAUCAGAGAUCAAUUCCAAUUGAUCACUUCCUAUGGCCAGCCAUACGUCAUUGAAUGUGGUAUAACUAACUAUUGGCUCUACAGUUUCAUUUGGUCACUUGAGCAAUAUUUCCUUCAAUGACUAUUUUGGAGGGGGGAGGAGCAGGUUUAAAGAAAGUAAGACCUAAUUUUAAACACAUUCUAGCAAGAAAUAACCCACUGUUCAAAAAUCAUGUUUUAACUUUUUGUUACAUUCUCAGCUAUACAAAAUUGUGUAUUUUAAAAUUUUUUACACUGCUGUUAAUUUGAAAUCUGUUAAUCAUAUUGUGGAAUUUGGUGUGUUUUUUUAAAAGAUGUUUCUAAUUGGAUUUUUUAAUCAAGAAUGGAAUUUGGUCUCUAUUUUCUGAUAGAACCUAAGCUUUUUGUGGUUCUUAGUGUUCUGUGUAAAACUUAGUGUCAAAGUAAUCAACUUUGAGGUUUUCCCUUCUACUGUGCUUUAUAUUACAAGCCCUUUAGGAAAUGGAACCUGGUGAAUAUACAAUGAAUUGUAAAAUAUUUUAAUGUGUAACUUUUUCAACUGUGAAACUAUGACUAUUGGUUUUUUGAUGAAAACAACUGCUGAUAAAGUA